AUGGCAGAUCAAGAGUCGGAUAAGAACAUCGAGAUAUGGAAAAUCAAAAAGUUAAUCAAAGCACUGGAGUCUGCAAGGGGAAAUGGUACUAGUAUGAUAUCCCUUAUAAUGCCUCCUCGUGAUCAGAUAUCUCGUGUUACUAAGAUGUUGGGAGAUGAGUAUGGAACAGCUUCGAACAUCAAAAGUAGGGUCAAUCGUCAAUCGGUUUUGGCAGCCAUCACGUCAGCUCAACAAAGGCUGAAACUUUACAACAAGGUGCCACCCAAUGGUCUAGUUCUAUACACUGGGACUGUUGUCACAGAUGACGGAAAGGAAAAGAAGGUGACCAUCGAUUUUGAGCCAUUCAAACCCAUCAAUGCAUCUUUGUACCUUUGUGACAACAAGUUUCAUACAGAAGCUCUGAAUGAACUCUUGGAGUCCGAUGACAAAUUUGGUUUCAUAGUCAUGGAUGGAAAUGGUACUUUGUUCGGAACAUUGAGUGGAAACACGCGAGAGAUCUUGCAUAAAUUUACUGUUGACUUGCCCAAGAAGCAUGGAAGAGGUGGGCAGUCAGCUCUUCGUUUUGCUCGUCUACGGAUGGAGAAACGGCAUAACUAUGUCCGGAAGACUGCUGAGCUUGCCACUCAGUUCUUCAUCAAUCCUGCCACCAGUCAGCCCAAUGUUUCUGGGCUGGUACUGGCUGGUUCAGCAGAUUUCAAGACGGAGCUUAGUCAAUCUGAUAUGUUUGACCAGCGCUUGCAGGCCAAGAUAUUGAAUGUUGUGGAUGUUUCCUAUGGUGGUGAGAAUGGAUUCAACCAGGCUAUUGAGCUGUCAGCAGAGAUCCUAUCAAACGUGAAGUUCAUACAAGAAAAGAAACUGAUCGGGAAAUAUUUCGAGGAAAUCAGUCAAGACACUGGAAAGUAUGUGUUUGGGGUUGAUGACACGUUAAAGGCUUUGGAAAUGGGUGCGGUGGAGACGCUCAUUGUGUGGGAAAAUUUGGAUAUCAAUCGAUAUGUGCUGAAAAACGGUGUUAACGGGGAAAUUGUGAUAAAGCACUUGAACAAGGAGCAGGAGGGUGAUCAGAGUAACUUCAAGGACCCUUCUACCUCGGCCGAGCUUGAGGUUCAGGAGAAGAUCCCGUUGCUGGAGUGGUUUGCUAAUGAUUACAAGAAGUUUGGUUGCACAUUGGAAUUCGUGACGAACAAAUCUCAAGAGGGGUCUCAAUUUUGUAGAGGGUUUGGUGGGAUCGGAGGUAUUCUUCGUUAUCAACUGGACAUGAGAACUUUUGAUGAGGUAUCUGAUGAUGGAGAAGUUUAUGACGAUUCUGAUUAA